GUCAGUCAUGGCCAUGUCUUCCUAUUUGGUUCCUCUGGCCAUUAUCGUGGUUCUUUUUGUUCAAACCGUGUCAGCUGGUAAUGGUAUUGACCCAAAUUGGUAUGAUGCUCGUGCAACCUUUUAUGGGGACAUGGGUGGUAAAGGAACCAUGCAGGGUGCUUGUGGUUAUGGUGAUCUCUUCAAAGAAGGAUAUGGGCUUAAUACUGCAGCCCUAAGCACAGCACUAUUUAACCAUGGACUCACUUGCGGUGCGUGUUUUGAGAUUAAGUGUGUCAAUUCCCCUAAUUGCAUAAAGGGUGUAGGCACAAUCAAAAUUACAGCAACAAAUUUUUGUCCUCCAAAUUACAGCAAGACCGUUGACAUUUGGUGCAACCCACCACAAAAGCACUUUGACUUCACCAUGAAAAUGUUCACCACAAUUGCAUUAUACAAAGCUGGAGUUAUCCCUGUUCAAUAUCGUCGUGUUCCAUGCAUUAAAGUUGGGGGUGUCAAGUUUGAGAUUAAAGGGAACCCUUACUUUUUCAUGGUUUUGGUGUACAAUGUUGCAAAUGCUGGUGAUGUUUCUAGCAUGAGUGUCAAAGGUUCCAACACUGGAUGGCUUCAAAUGGCACACAAUUGGGGACAAAAUUGGGAUGUAGGAACUAAAUUGGUAGGACAAGCCUUGUCAUUUAGGGUGACUACCAGUGAUGGUAAAACCUUAGACUUUGUUAAUGUUGCCCCUCCCCAAUGGCAAUUUGGACAGACCUAUCAGUCCAACAUAAAUUUUUGGCUUAAAUACUCUAGGGGUCCCUGAAAUUGUACCCCGUAUCAAAAUAAGUCCCUGAAAUUUUUUUUUCCGAUUCCGGAUCCCUGGAAUUGUUUUUUUAAUCAGAAUAAGUCCCUACACAUGUUUUUAGCCUAUCUGGCAGAUUUUUUGCUGACUCAACAUUUACACAUGGCUUUUUCAUUUAUUUUAAAUACACAUGGAAUAAAAAUAAAAAAAAUUAAUUAAAUUUAAAUCUAAUUAACCUAUCUACCUAAAUCUAAUUAAACCUAAUUCCCAAAAUCCCUAAAUUAAAACCACUA